CGGGUCAUGUAAAUGAUCCUGCGUGAGGGGAGGGGGGGUGUUGUCACCGCCGCUGCUGCUGAGGGCGUAGCGGGCGGCAAACUGGCUGACUGAGGGGAGAUGGAGCGGGAUUUGCUCCGCCAGGCGCUCGGUUUCCACGGGCCGGCGUUACUCCCCCUGCUCCGGACCGAGCAGCACGACAAUCCAGACUUCCGAGGCCUCCUGCCGCCAGGGGGGCCCUGCCUGGAGACGCUGCCGCCAGCCAGGAAAGAGAGAGGAAUCGAUAAUAUUGAGAUACAACACUUCAUUGCAAAAAAAGCUGACCUCCUUUUUUCUAAUUCUUGGAAAACAAAUGUGCCAAUAACUACAGAAGCAAAUGAAGAGAAUGAAGAUUAUUAUGCUAUUAUGCCACCGUUGGAGCAGUUCAUGGAUAUUCCCAGUGCAGAGAGGAGAGAACUGUUUUUCCGAGAUAUUGAACGUGGGGACAUAGUGAUUGGAAGGAUUAGUUCUAUUCGUGAAUUCGGUUUUUUCAUGGUGCUGUACUGUCUGCGAAGUGGUGUCAUUCGGGAGAUCACGGAUUUAGAAAUCACUGCUCUUUGUCCAUUGAGAGAUGUGCCUUCCCAAAGCAGCCAUGGCGAUCCUUUAUCAUACUAUCAAGUUAGUGACCUUAUCCAAGCUGCAAUCAAGGAUAUUGAUCGCUACCAUGAAAAGCUCACAGUAUCGCUGCACAGCUCUGCUCUUUCUCCCAGCCUAGCAAGUACCAAAUUAGGAGUAAUCAGCUUGGAUGACUUGCCUCUACACUAUAGGAGAAGUGUUGAAAUAGCCAGUGGUUUGGAAACAUAUGAAAAAGUUUUGCAUCAUUCCUUGGGCUUUGCUAAUCCAGCAGUAGUUGAGUUUCUGGUAGGCAAACUAGGACUGAAUGAAUCCAGCCCGCCAUCCUUAAUGAGAGGUUUACAAAGCAAAAAUUUCAAUGAAGAGGAUUUUGCUAUUGCACUGAGGAAAAAACAAUCUGCCUCAUGGGCCUUAAAAUGUGUAAAGAUUGGUGUUGAUUAUUUUAAAGAGGGUCGUCAUGUGGAUGCUAUGAACGAAUACAACAAGGCAUUGGAAAUAGAUGCGAAAAAUGUUGAAGCUUUGGUGGCCCGUGGGGCACUGUAUGCAACAAAGGGAAGUUUAAAUAAAGCAAUUGAUGAUUUUGAAGUUGCCUUAGAAAACUGUCCAACACACAGAAAUGCCAGAAAAUAUCUGUGUCAAACGCUUGUUGAACGGGGAGGCCAGUUGGAAGAGGAAGAUAAGCUGUUGAAUGCUGAGAGUUACUACAAGAAGGCUUUAAACAUAGAUGAGACAUUUCAAGAAGCCGAAGAUGCCUUGUUGAAACUUCGUAAGCAGAUACAGAAAUCUCUGGAAAUGAGAGAGAAACAAGCUGCAAAAGAAGAGAGGCAAAAAGAGAAGAAAAUAGAAACAAGUGCAGAAAAACUGCGUAAGCUCUUAAAAGAAGAAAAAAGGUUGAAGAAGAGAAGAAAAAGGUCCACCUCUUCCUCCUCCUCCUGUGAUUCUUCAUCGGGUGAUUCUUCAUCAGCCUCCUCCUCCUCUUCCGAUAACAAAAAGCGCAAGAAAAGGAAUCGGAACCGGUCUGAAUCCUCACACAGCUCUAAAAAAUACGCAUCUAGGAGUUCUUCACAUCAGAGUAGGAAAGAUGACUGCUACUCUCCUCCAGCCAAUACCUCUGCGUCUUUUCUUAAUCAAAAGCAUGAAAUGGAGAAACUGCUAGAGAGGCAGGAGAGGUUAGCCUAUCAAAAGCCUGAGGUAAGAGACAGAGAAAGAGAUUACUCUCUAUCAAGGGCUUCUGCUGAUGAUGAAGAUCCUUAUGGAGGUAGGUCUGAAGAUUCCAGGGAUUCCUAUAGCAGUUCGAAGACACAGGCAAAUAGUUAUAAAACAGAAAAACAGGGUAAGUCAGACAGAGUUUCCUCUGAUAGGUGGGAUAGUGUAGGUUCCUAUCGCAGAAAGUCUGACGACAGGAACAAGACAAAUGAUUCAGUAAAGUUAGAACUGGGGAGGAAGGAACAUUACCGAAAGCACAGUCCAAGCCAAACAAAGUAUUCCACGUCUCCAACAGGGUCUGAUCACUCAACCAAAUCAGUUGAACACUACAAACGAUACACCAGCCGAUGGAUAAAUGAGCCUAGUAGGUACAAUGCUGACAAUAGACCUGACUUGGCAUUGAUUAAAAGUGAGAGAGAACCCAAGAGCAGGGAGAGAGAAACUACAACAACCAAGGAACUAGAUGAGGAAGCUGCACUCAACGGCAAAGGACAAUUGGAAAGUGGUGCUAGGAAACUGCCUCAGAACUUACUCAACAUAUUUAAUCAGAUUGCUGAAUUUGAAAGAGAAAAAGGAACUAAGCAGAAAAAUCAAUAAAUUAAGAAACAAGUUCAGUAUAGCUCAACUUCUAAUCACUUGACAAGUCUGUGCUCUUAACAGAAAAAAAUAGUUUUUUGUUCUUUUAUAAAUAUGCUUGUUAAAUGUUGAUUUAUGGAAUGCUGAAUAUGCAAGAAUUACAUCAUAUCUUUUUUGGGGGGGGAGUGACUUUCUUAUGCUGUUUAGGAUAUUAAGUGUUUGGCUGAAAAAUCCUUAGUUUAUGAUUAAUACAGCCACCUGUGCUAACUGGCAUCUAAAUUGCACUUUACAGAAAGAAUCUUUCCAAGGCAACAAUGACUGUUAAUGACUGUUACUUUAUAUUGUUAAUAUAACCAUAAACCAAACUGUUUUUAAUGUAUGUGCCAUCAGUGUACAUAGCCUGUCUUACUAUUAAAUUUUUUACAAAACUA